UGAUGACGUCAGUGAUUACGUCAAAUUCAAAGCAAACAUGGUAAAGCUACGAAGGUUUUCUAGACUCUGGUGAUGCCAUUACACACAAGGAAUUAAUAUAAGUUUAUCAGCAGCGUUAGAUGAUAGUGAUUUGAAUGGAAGCAAGCACGCAAGCUACUGUUCUGUAUCAUGGGUUUAUAUCAACGUACAAAGAUCUAACAGUGUACGUUGCUUGCGUGUGUUCUAUUCUUGGCGUGGUCCUGCUUCUCUCGAUCGUUUUUUUCGCGCUGGAAAAAUUUGGAUUUCUAAACCGCAAACGAAACCGAAAUAGGAAGUCUUACAAUGGGGGAACUACCGCGAAUCCUUUCCAUGACGUCACCAAUACUCAUUAUGACGCAUCAAUGUCAUCUAUGACUCAUAACCCGUAUACCUCAAGCGGCAGUUUCAUAAAACAGAAUUCAAACGCUAUCUCGAGUAAUUUAUACGCAGAGGCGUAUAGCAGCACACGAAACGUAGGUGCAGCACGUCACGGGAAACCUAAAACGAGGGCGAAGUAUGUGGAUGACGUCAUCACAGCAGAGACUACGGGUUCCACUGAAGGUAAUGGGGCGCCCCAUUUGUCCCAAGGCGGUAUAGCUGUUGCAUACGAAAGACCCAUUCCUGUAAAAAAGAAAAAGGUUUUACCCUCGUUGUUUGUUCCUUAUAAAAGGAAUAAGAAACAGAACAGAACCCAAGAAGAAACAAGAUCCAAUAAGAAGGUGGCGAUGCCAACAGAACAACAUAAUCAAAUAGAAGACCAGAACCAACUUUCGUUUACGGCGGUUGCAGUGGAUCGUUUUGAUCCACUAGCGGCGCUAAAGGAAGCAGAGAAACAGAGAGAAGAGGAAGAGAGAAACAAAAAGAAGAGGAUAGUGUCUUUGAAAGAUGAGAUUGUUCCAAAAGUUAAAAAAGUUGAUAAAUCAUUUGUUAUCGGAUACGAGAACCCGAAGGUGGCAGCAAAGCAAAGAAGAGAGAGAGAACGAUUAGAAGAAGAAAAAAUAAAAUUAGAGCAGGAGAGAAAGAAGAAAAGAAGGGUGAUUUCUUACACAAGCGAUGACUAAACUGAACAAAAAUACAAAGAUAGAUGACGUGACGUUUCGAUCAGCUGAUGCGAUAUACCACAACAAGUACAGACAAACGUUUGUGCUGUUUCAAAGGAUUUUCUGCCUCACUUCGUUAAAUUCAAUACUUCGUGUAUGUCAGUCAAAAUGACGUCAUGAGAUUUGAAUAAGUUUACUUAUUGGAUCGUAUUACUGUAGCAUAUGUGUGCCUAUUCUGUCACUAUACAACCCUUACUUAGCAACUGAUCAAUGUGUUUACGUAUUGCGAGCCCAGUUCAAAAUAUGAAUCAAUUAUUAACCGAAUAUAAACAAAACGAGUUG